AUGCCUAACGUAUCAUUUGAUAUCUUUUUUGACAAGGACUUUAUCAACAUCACAGCCACUCGAGGACAGACUGCUCCAAAGGCCAAACCCGAGUGGAAGGUCCGCACCGCACCCAAACUACCACCAAAGCCUGUGGUUGAGGAUCCUACUGGAACUCCCAGGCCACCACCGAGACAGAAGUUGACGACCCUUCGUCAGCCAACGCACCACCAGAAGCCGCAAGAAGCACUUCCCAGCACCGACAAGCCCGAGCCCGCUGAAAGCGUCAACGGUGCCACAUCUGCUGGCGAAGAGAAGCCCAAACGAAAGCCUCCGAAGCUUGGUCCCAGAAAGUCGGCCACUCCCGCUACUCCUGCUGCCACCCCAGCUGCAUAA